UUUAAUCAGUGUAAUGCUGCAAUUAAUGAUCCAGCGUGAUCUGUGAGGCAUGACCACACGAGACUGUUGUGAUCUGUAAAACGGUCAAAGUGCAGACUGGGACAUGAUACAGGUACAGGUACAGGUACGGGUACAGGUUCAGGGAACGUCUCGGGAUUCCUCCUCCAGCUGUUGCGUUCACGGCGCCUCCUGCAGGGGAGUGUCCGAACCCACAACGAACAUGGCUGCUGCAGUCAGGAUGAGGACGUGGAGCUGUCCGGCUAGAGGAGUUUUCAGCCCGUGGGCAGCCCUUUUUGUAGUUUUGCCGACGAUCAUACAUGCGGUUGAAGCAGCUCCAGAGGCAGGGCUUUGGAAAAUCACAGUUGUAAAUACCUCAAGACCACUGCUGUUAAGGAAAUCCAUGUAUAAAGACACUGACAUUGAACUGAAAGUUGUGUCGUUUGGCUGUCCUGAGGAUGGAUCCUUCACGAUACACUGGUAUUUAAAAUACUACCCCUGUCACAAUGAAUUCAACAAUAUUGAGGAAAUGUAUGAGAGGACGCCUCUGAGUCGUGGGAAGAGCCUGGAUCCAAAUCCCCUCGGACAAGGAGAGUUCAUCGAACACAGUCACCGUCCCAUACAAUGUGACAGUGGCCUGCGCUCCUUUCCGAUGCUCAAAAAAGCCAAGGCUGACCCACGUCCAGUCAGGCCACCUGUUGAUGGGGAAGUGCCAGAUGAAGAUGACACCAGAUGGUUAACUGAGGAGUACGACGACAGCAGUGGCGGCUCCACAACAAACAGUAGUUUGAGUAUCAGAGACAACGUAAUAGCCACCACGUGGAAGGACGGGCCAUAUCUGCUGGUCGUUAAGAUUGUGUCGAGCAAGCAGGAUUCCAACUGGAAUUUAACAGUUAAUGUGGUGAUGAAAGGCAGCCAUGGCUAUAUUUCGAUCACAGAAUGGCCUCUUAUGAUUUUCUACAUGAUGAUGUGCAUAGUGUACAUCCUGUACGCCCUGCUGUGGUUUAUUUGGGCAGCAUGCUACUGGAAAGACCUGCUGCGGAUACAGUUCUGGAUCGCUGGGGUCAUUUUCCUCGGGAUGGUGGAGAAGGCUGUAUUCUGCGCGGAAUAUGAAAACACUAACACUGUCGGCUCUGCUUCUCCAGGGUUGUUGAUCUUUGCUGAGUUGGUCUCUGCUCUCAAGAGGACUUUGGCACGAUUGCUUGUCAUCAUUGUCAGCCUUGGCUACGGCAUUGUGAAGCCCCGACUGGGGACAGUGAUGCACAGGGUUGUGGGGCUCGGCAUUCUCUACUUUGCCUUUGCUAGCAUUGAAGGUGUCUUGAGGAUUACUGGGGGUCGAGACAAUGGCCCUGUUCUCAUUACAGCAAUUGUUCUGGCUGUGUUUGACUCCUGCGCCAUCUGGUUCAUCUUUGUCAGCCUGGCACAAACCAUCAAGACUCUGAAGCUGAGGAGAAACCCCAUCAAGUUGUCUCUCUACAGACACUUUACAAACACACUAUUAUUUGCUGUCAUUGCUUCCAUCAUUUUCAUGGCUUGGACAGCAAAGAAGUUCAGGUUUGCUGAAUGUCAGUCUGACUGGAUCGAGCUGUGGGUGGAAGACGCUUUCUGGAGGUUCUUGUUCUCAGUCGUUCUGUUCGUCAUUAUGUUUUUAUGGAGGCCAUCUGCAAACAACCAAAGGUAUGCUUUCACCCCUCUCAUGGACGACUCCGAUGAUGAGGAGAUCGAUGAGUUCAUCGCCACUGGGAACCUUGGUGACGGCAUGAAGUUGAGAACGUCUAAAAGCGAGACGAAUGGCACAGUGAAGCCUGCGGAAACAAACCCAGAUGAAGACUUGAAGUGGGUGGAGGAUAACAUUCCUAGCUCUCUUACUGAUGUAGCUUUACCAGUCCUGCUGGACUCGGAUGAGGAAAUCAUGACGACCAGGUAUGAGAUGUCAAAGCUGGAGUGACACAAACAAAUUUUGGACGGGGAGGGAGGACAAGCGGCUGUCCCUGACUCUGCAUCAGGGUGUUCUCCAGGAUUUCCAGUCUGGUGGUGGUGGAGUGCCAUUUAGUGUUUCAGGGGAUCUUUCAGUGGUUGCUACACCCCUGAUACUCCGCAGGGUGACGCAGAACACUUUUCAGCAGGGGACCUCUGCCUAUUUUCUCAUCUGCCCAAGAGCAAAAGACUCUACUAGAGGAAGACUGUCUUUUCACUGACCAACUGUGUCACCAUUUCCCUGAUAUGAUCAGUUUUGAGCCUUUCUUUCCAAAGAGAAUGUUUUGUUUUCUAAUAAGUGCUGUAUUUAUUUAUGUUUAUGUGACAUUACUUUAUCAGAGAAUUAAGUGGGCCUCAUGCAUUAAAAUGCUCUCAUACAAUAUGUAUGAAAGUGUUGUUCAUGUGUCGGAUUGAAACUACACAGCAUCCUCAGUGUUGCUGUAUGGAUGAUGUUGGGAGGGGUGAAGCACAAUAUACUUAAUUUACAUUUAAUUGUAACUGGGUUCAGUAAUGUAAAGUCUGGGUUUGUGGUCAUGCUUUGAAUCUGCUGUUUGUGUGUGUCUUCUGAACUAAGGAGCAAUAUACCUUAUGUAUGUUAAUGUGGAGUUCAUUAUUUAUUUGUUUUUUCAAGUGUACUUAUAAGUUGUUCAAGUGUGUCUUCACCCACAUGUGAUGACGAUGUGUGCUUCCAGGUUUUAAUACAUUGGACCCUGAACAGUCUCUCAAUGUAUUCGGCAAACUGCAGUGUGUUUCUUAAGUCUUUGCGUUGUUUGCUGGUGUUGGAUUCACAGACACCUUAAUAAUGUUCAUGUUCGAAGAAGUCUUAAGAUGUUUAUGUUUUUACAAUUAAUUUCGAAAAUUGCUGGUGUUUUUGUCAGUGACACUGUCGUCGUCCUUGUGUGUUGUAACGGGCAGGAUGUGUAAUCUUGUCCGUCUAGACCAUUAGAUGAGCUGUGUGGUUGGCACAAGCACAAGCUGAUCACUUUGGUUCAUAAUGUCACUGUUCCUUUUUUUUUGCCUGGCAACCUUGAAUACUUGUGCUUGUGAUGGCCGGCUGUCCUCCUGUUAUGUAAAACUGCAGACACCUGCAGAGGACCUGGAUUAUUUGUACAGAUUGGUUUUGGCUAAAUCCUGUUAUUUCAUAAUUCCGCAGGUGGAGAGUUGUCUGGAUAGUAUGACUCGUCUUUUUUUUUUUCUUCUUCUUCUUUUUUUCCAUGGGUCUCAUAAAAAAAACAAAAACUGCGCUUGAACUUUUCACACCAGCAGUUUUCUUCUCUCUUCUCUUCCUUCUCAGGAAGUGCGCACACUCAAGAUUGAGAAUGACUCGAAUACAGGAGAAUGUUUGUUUCCUGAUCUAUGAUUUCCAGUGUUAAUUUGGUAAUAAAAAUACAUAUUUGACUCAU